GCUUCAUGGCGGGGACCAGCGCGGAAGGGGAAGUGCUGCAGGACGUGAGGCAGUGCCUGGCCGGAUUCGCGGCCGAGACGAGGGAAUUAUGUUUAACAGAGUUUGUGCCAUCCCUUGAUGGCCUACCAUCUCCCCUGGAAUUUUUUCGGGAAUGGGUGUGCCCAAACAAACCAUGUUUAAUUCGGAAUGCGUUCAACCACUGGCCAGCUCUGAAGAAGUGGACUUUAACAUACCUAAGGGAGGUAAUGAGUUCCAAGUUGGUGAGUGUGGCAGUAACUCCAAAUGGUUAUGCUGAUGCAGUUUACCAAGACCGGUUUGUUAUGCCAGAGGAACGACACAUGCCUUUCAGUGCUUUCUUGGACAUUGUGGAGAGGAAAGUAACUUCCCCAGGGGUGUUCUAUGUACAGAAACAGUGUUCGAACCUGACUGAGGAAUUCCCUGAACUCAUAGGUGAUGUGGAGCCUGACAUACCCUGGAUGAGCAAGGCCCUCGGGAGAAAGCCUGAUGCUGUGAAUUUCUGGCUUGGAGAGUCUGCUGCGGUGACAUCUUUGCAUAAAGACCAUUAUGAAAACUUGUACUGUGUGAUUUCGGGAGAGAAACAUUUUCUGCUGCACCCACCAAGUGACCGCCCCUUCAUCCCAUAUGAGCUGUACCCACCAGCAACCUUCCACAUGUCAGAAGAUGGGUCAUUUGAGGUUUUAGAUGAGAGCUCUGCAGAGAAGGUACCUUGGAUUCCAUUGGACCCUUUAAAUCCAGAUCUAGAACGAUACCCAGAAUAUAUUCAAGCAAAGUCUUUGAAGUGUACUGUGAAGGCUGGAGAGAUGUUGUACCUCCCUUCUCUCUGGUUCCAUCAUGUUCAGCAGUCACAUGGCUGCAUAGCAGUGAACUAUUGGUAUGAUAUGGACUAUGACAUGAAGUACUCUUACUAUCAGCUUCUGGAUUCUCUCUCAAAAGUUGUGGCACUGAAAUAGUACCCGUUAGACCUUGGAACAGCUAACCUUCUACCCUGUGUCAAAAGAACUGGAUCUGUAGCUGGAAUACUAAUAUAUGAGUCUAGCCUGAAAGAUGGCCCCUUACAGCUGAUCUGGCUACCUGGAUCCAUGCCGCAGGGACACUGAGAGUAGUCUAUGCAGUGUACUGUACAUUGGCCUCCCCUCAAAAUUGAUACGGAAACUUCAGUUUGUACAGAAUGCCAUGGCUCCACUAUUAUUGAGAGCGAGAUGGAUCACACAUAUUACUCCCAUCUUGUAGGCACUUCAAGGCACUUCUUGAUGGCUACUCAUCAAUUUAUAGGCUCAAUUUAAGGGAUUGGCUAUCACAUAAAAAGCCCUUCAUGGCCUUGGACCCUCAUUAUCUGUGAAACCACCUUUCUGCCUAAGCUCCACCAUGAUAGUUUCACUCAUCAGAGCAGGGUCUUCUUGCAGGCGUGCCAUCCUGCAAAUGGGCAAAAUCAACAACUGUGUGUAAACAUGCUUUUCCCAUUGUGGAAUGGCCUGCCUGAGGCGGUCAGGAAGGUUCCCACAAACUAUGCAAAACUGAAUUGCUCAAGAGGGCUUUUCUAUGCAGGCAAUGAAGUUACACUGUCAUUCACAAAAUUACUGUCUAGACCACUGUGUAUGGCUUGCUGAAACUAAGAAGUUGGAAUGUAAUUUAUGAGUCACUUAAUGUGUCAUGGUAAUAUAAUUUAAUUUUUAGAUUUAUAUCUCACCCUUUCCUGCAAGCGGGCUCAGGGCAGUUUACAACAAAAAUUUAACACACCUACAGAUUAAAAUAUAAAAAGACCAUAAAAGCAUACAGUAUAAAAGUCUGAGGGUAGUACAGCAUACUGACAAAUAGGCAAAGAAAGGCAUGGCCACACAGCAGAGUAUAGGCCAAUGUCUGGCAGCAUAGCACAAUCACAGUGAUGCUGGAAAUAUUGGGGAGAUCAGCUAAUAACGAGGAUGCCCAUUAGAUCAAUUAAAAGCCUGGUGGAAGAGUUCUGUCUUGCUGGACCUGCGAAACUUCGAUAAGUUUCAUAGGGCCCAGAUCUGUAAUGGAAGCUCAUUCCACCAGGUAGGGGCCUGGACCAAAAAGGCCCUAGUUCUUGUUGAAGCCAACCGGACGUUCUUAAUCUCUUGCUUCAGAUCUGUUUUUACACUUCUGGUUGGUUCUACAACUCAAAUCCUAUUUUAUUAUUAAGUGUCCCAUUCAUUGAUUGUAUUGACUUACUGUAUGUAAUCUGUCUUUAGUUCACGUAAGAAAAGCAGACUAUAAAUAAUGUAAAUAAAUAAAUAUUUAAUUGAG